GGGGACAGGCCCGGCCUCGCGGGGAGGCCCGAGCCGGCGGGCGCCCCGGCCCCGCGCCGCGCCGCGCCGUUCAUGAAGCAUGUCGGCCACCAGCGUGGACCCCCAGAGAACAAAAGGACAAGACACUAAAGUACAAAAUGGUUCUUUGCAUCAGAAGGAUACAGUCCAUGACAAUGACUUUGAGCCCUACCUUUCUGGACAGUCAAAUCAGAGUAACAGUUAUCCCUCCAUGGCGGAUCCUUACCUGUCCAGCUAUUACCCACCGUCCAUCGGAUUUCCUUACUCCCUCAAUGAGGCACCCUGGUCUACCGGAGGGGACCCUCCGAUCCCAUACCUCACCACUUACGGACAGCUCAGUAACGGAGACCAUCAUUUUAUGCAUGAUGCUGUGUUUGGGCAGCCCGGGGGUCUGGGGAACAACAUCUAUCAGCACAGGUUUAAUUUCUUCCCUGAAAACCCUGCCUUCUCAGCCUGGGGGACGAGUGGGUCUCAGGGGCAGCAGGCUCAGAGCUCGGCAUAUGGGAGCAGCUACACUUACCCACCAAGCUCCCUGGGUGGCACAAUUGUGGACGGGCAGACAGGCUUUCACAGCGAGACUCUCAACAAGGCCCCUGGGAUGAACAGCCUGGAGCAGGGCAUGGUGGGUCUGAAGAUUGGGGACGUCACCACCUCUGCCGUCAAAACUGUGGGGUCGGUCGUUAGCAGUGUGGCGAUGACUGGUGUCCUUUCUGGCAACGGUGGGACAAACGUCAAUAUGCCAGUUUCAAAGCCAACCUCGUGGGCUGCCAUUGCCAGCAAGCCAGCAAAACCACAGCCGAAAAUGAAAGCAAAAAGCGGACCUGUAAUUGGGGCCGCCCUGCCCCCUCCACCGAUAAAGCAUAACAUGGACAUUGGCACGUGGGACAACCAGGGGCCCGUGCCCAAGGCUCCGGCCCCGCAGCAGGCUCCGGCCCCCCAGUCUGCCCCACAGCCUCAGCCAGUUGUGCAGCCUCUUCCUACUCAGCCUCCCCCUUUGGCCCAACCACAGUAUCCAAGCCCUCAGCAGCCACCCCAAACCCGCUGGGUCGCCCCUCGUAAUAGAAAUGCGGCAUUUGGGCAGAGCGGAGGGACCAGCAGUGAUGGUAACUCGCCUGGAAAUACCCAGCCUAGUUCUGCCCCCACCGUGGAGUCCCACCCGGUUCUUGAAAAACUGAAAGCUGCCCACAGCUAUAACCCUAAAGAGUUUGAUUGGAAUCUUAAAAGUGGACGCGUGUUCAUAAUAAAAAGCUACUCUGAGGACGACAUCCACCGCUCCAUUAAGUACUCCAUCUGGUGCAGCACAGAGCACGGCAACAAGCGCCUGGAUGGGGCAUUUCGCGCUGCGAGCAGCAAGGGGCCUGUGUACCUGCUCUUCAGCGUCAACGGGAGUGGGCACUUCUGCGGGGUGGCUGAGAUGAAGUCACCCGUGGACUACGGCACAAGCGCUGGCGUCUGGUCUCAGGACAAGUGGAAAGGCAAGUUUGACGUGAAGUGGAUUUUUGUGAAGGACGUGCCCAAUAACCAGCUCCGGCACAUCAGGCUGGAGAAUAAUGACAACAAGCCGGUCACCAACUCCCGCGACACCCAGGAGGUGCCCUUAGAAAAAGCAAAGCAAGUGCUGAAAAUUAUCGCUUCCUACAAGCACACAACCUCCAUCUUUGACGACUUUUCUCACUAUGAGAAGCGCCAGGAGGAGGAGGAGGUGGUGCGCAAGGAACGGCAGAAUCGAAACAAACCAUAAGGACGAACCAGUUUCCUCGAUGUGCUGACGUUUGAAAAGGUUUAAGAGAACAUGUGCUUGGUGCUGUUGUCUUGUGCAGGGCCCGACUCGUUGCAUCUUACGCUCUUUGUCUUUUAUUUUUGCCCAGAUGGAUCUGCGUUCAUUUGUAUUUUUCUAUGUAUUCUAGGGUUACAGAGCUCACUAAUAAAGAAGUGUGUUUUGUCCACUCAUAAGUCAGACGUAACGUGAAACACAAGUACCCUCACGACAGAACAGAAAACCUAAUACACCCCGAAGCUUCCGUUGUGGUGGUUUGGCAGAGGUUAUGUUCUUACUCAGAGUCACUGUCCUUUAACAUCUUUACGUGGGACUUAUUUUUCACCCUUUUAUUGCUUUAUUAGCGACACGAGAAACCAUGACUUCUUUUGUCAUUUACUGUGUUCUGUUAAGUACUUUUCAAAAUGCUGAAAUCAACAGGUUAAUGAUCACCUCGUUCAGCCGGUUUGUCAUUUUGAUUGCCCGUUAUCUGUCUAAAAUACUUGUCUGUCCACUUGAUUUUUCUACUAGACAGAUUUGAGUUUUUCAGAUUCGGGAGCAUGCUGUGUUGGUGCAGAGCGUCAGGCCCCACAGCGGCCGCCGCGGCCCUCGCAGCUCCUCCACCCAGCGGGGCGGAUGCAGGGCUGCUGGCGGAGGGCUGGGCUCAGCGGUCAGCCGUGCUCACCUGCGUGCAGAUCAUCCUAAAUACCGCCCCCCUUCACUUGUGAGUCCCAGUGCCGUUCUGAGUUGUUUGCCCGCGAUGCUGAGCUUCACACGUAGGGUCUGCUCGUACAGAUGGUGCCACAAUUGUUACUUCCACCGUGUGCGUCGGAUUUCAUUUUCCUGUCGAAUGGGUUAAAAAAAAAAAAAAAAAAAGCAAACCUUUUAGAAACUGAAUCUGCUGUCCUGUGUUGUGGAAUGGGGGACCUGGAGGAACUCGCUGCCACCCGGAGUCUGAGUCUCAGCAUGAAAAUGGUGCUCACGCCUGUCGCUCUGGCACAGUCUGCACGCGCCCAUUGUAGGGGAUCUUACUGUUUAGAGAGCAAAUACUUUCCAAAAACUAUUUACUCCAAAAGACCCUCUGAGUUUAAGCUGUAUUAUUUAGACUUGUAUUGAGAACGUGUCACUCUCUGAACUGUUACUGCCUGUAUGGAGUCACGGACAACAUCGGAUAAAUUUUCCUCUGGAGAAUACAAGCCUUAAUAAACAAUACUAUUUAGCAAA